AUGCUGUACCUUGUCGGUCUAGGUCUCUCAGACGAGACUGAUAUUACAGUCCGUGGUCUUGAGGUUGUGAAGAGGGCUUCUCGGGUUUAUCUGGAAGCCUACACGAGUAUCCUACUGGUGGACCAAUCGGUAUUGGAGGCUUACUAUGGGCGAUCUAUCGUUGUUGCCGACCGCGAGAUGGUCGAAUCGAACAGCGACGAGAUCCUACGAGAUGCACAAACUGAGGACGUCGUGUUCCUUGUCGUGGGCGACCCAUUUGGUGCCACGACGCACACGGAUCUUGUCCUGAGGGCCCGCGAGCUCUCCAUCCCUCUCCAGACGAUUCCCAAUGCGUCCAUUAUGUCGGCGAUCGGUGGAUGUGGGCUGCAGCUAUACAAUUUUGGGCAGACUGUGUCAAUGGUAUUCUUCCUAGACAACUGGCGACCGGCAUCGUUUUACGACCGAAUCAAGGAGAAUCGCGCCAUUGGUCUACACACGCUCGUGCUCCUCGACAUCAAGGUGAAGGAGCAGAGUCUCGAGAACAUGGCACGCGGCAGAAGGAUAUACGAGCCACCACGAUACAUGACGGUGAGCCAGUGCGCCCAACAGAUGCUGGAGGUUGAAGAGGGCAAAAAGGAAGGGAUAUAUGGACCUGACAGUCUCGCCAUCGGCGCAGCACGAGUCGGUGGUAAGACAGAGAAGUUCGUCGCUGGAACGCUCCAACAACUUUGCGACUCUGACGAUUUGCUUGGCCCACCACUACAUAGUCUUGUGCUGUUAGGUUCGCGAGCACAUGAAUUAGAGAGAGACUAUGCUCGUGAGUUCGCCAUAGACAAGGACAUUUGGGACAAGAUGUGGUCCGAUCAAUAUGGGAAACAAUGA